UCGUCGCUAUCACUAGGAGUGAAGUUUUAGUGUAAACAUACAUUUGGUCGCUUCCUAGGUACGCUUACAAAUUUGCCUAAUUUCUUCAAGCUUGAUGUUGUGGCAGUAGCUUAACUUAUGCUACAAAUUUUGCGGCGUAGUUGACGUUCGCCAUCUCAAGUUUCACGUAUCUGAACCCACCGAGCGUUGAGGGUGAGAGAAAGAAUAAGAAGAAAAAAAUGGGCAGCUGAGCCCAGGACAGCUGACAACAAGGGAUCCGAAUAUCGCUCAUUUUCGGGGGCAGACUCGAAAGGACUGUUUUCGAGAGUUUCGCCGCAAGUUGCGGCAGCGUUUCGUCCCGAGUUUCGUCAAGUUUUGCUGCGCACCGAGAUGAGCCCCACAUCGGCGUCGGGAGAAACCCUGGAUGUUAUAAUUUGGGAGGUAUAAAUUCCUGCGGGCCGCUCCAAUCGGCCCAGCGGUGCUCAGGCGUGGUAAUGUUUGACUGGGACGAAGGAGAUCGCUUUUCCUUCGAGGACAGCGACCGCUUUGAAGAAGAUUCUCUCUGCUCUUGGAUCAGCGAGCCCGAAAGUCUCUGUAACAACUGGAGAGGUUGGAAAAGGCCGACGGGCAACACAUCUCACGCUUCGGCGCUUCACGGCGGUCAUUGUCGCUCGAAAGCUGAAGGAGGCCAGCCGUUGUCCUUAGUGGAGCUUGCAGCUAGGGAGGUUGCUGCACACAUUCCUUUCGAAGUGGUUGAACAUGUGUAUCCACCAGUCCCGGAACAGCUACAACUGCGCAUUGCUUUUUGGAGUUUCCCUGAGAACGAAGAAGACAUUAGACUUUAUUCCUGCCUGGCCAAUGGAAGUCCAGAAGAAUUUCAAAGGGGAGAGCACCUCUUCAAGGCUAAGGCAACUAAGGACCUUCUUCAAAUUGGCUUCCACUUGAGUGCUACGGUGCAUCCUCCUCAGAGCUUGCCAGUGUCCAAGGGGUCAUACAACGUGGCUGUGACUUUUGAUCGUUGUCGCAUCACAUCAUGCAACUGCACUUGUAGCAGUGCUGCCUCCUGGUGCUCCCAUGUGGUGGCAGUCUGCUUGCACAGGAUUCACCAGCCAAACCAAGUCUGCCUGAGGGCACCAGUGUCGGAAUCCCUAUCAAGGCUUCAUCGUGAUCAGCUUCAAAAGUUUGCUCAGUAUCUUAUCAGUGAGCUCCCACAACAGAUCCUUCCCACUGCUCAGCGGUUACUGGAUGAGCUGCUUUCAAGUCAGAAGACUGCCAUCAACACAUUGCGGGGAGCACCAGAUCCGACGGCUGGAGCAUCUGCAUAUGAACAGACGACAUGGUGCCUUGAUGAGGGAACCUUGCACGAAAAUAUACGAAAGAUUCUUAUUAAGCUUUGUGUCCCAUCACCGAUGGUGUUUAGCGAUGUCAACUAUCUGUCCUCAACAGCACCACCAGCAGCCACUGAAUGGUGCAGCCUACUCCGCCCACUUCGUGGCAGGGAGCCCGAGGGCAUGUGGAAUCUGCUGUCUAUUGUUCGUGAAAUGUUUCGUCGUUCAGAUCGCAAUGCCAUCCCUCUUCUGCAGAUCUUGACGGAAGAAGUUUUGGCCUGCGAACAGAUCCUGUGCUGGUGGUUUAACACCAAGGUCUCCCUGCAUACCGGAUCAAAUGGCCACGGAGGUCGCGCAGUCGGCCACGGCAAUGCCCACUCGUCGCAGCAUGCCUGCAGCAGCCUUUGUGAUGAGAUUGUUGUUCUGUGGAGGCUGGCUGCUCUCAACCCAGCCCUGUCACCUCAAGAUAGGCGCUCCUUCUUUGUUCAGAUGGGCGAGUGGCAUGUGAAGACAUUGGAACGGGUCUGCAAAGUUCGUGCAAGCGGCAACAAUGUGGUUGGCACAGGCGGAAAUGGCACAGGCGGAAAUGGUAGCCUGAGUGGGGCUCGUCGGUCCGACCUGGAUGUGUUCCCUGGCUUCAGGCCCUCACUGGAGGCCUGUUUGUUAGACUGGACGGACUACCCUAUUGAAGGAAUCACCUAUGCCGAUGGCGGUGCUUGCAGAUGGUACUCACCAUAUAUGCACACGCGCCUACUGGAGCACAACCCACGGGCUGACCCACUUCCUGACUUCCUUUGUGGCAGUGAGCACCUGACUAGCUUGUGUCGUAGGGGCCGUGCUGUUGAUGUUGGCUCUUCAGCAGCUGGCACUUCGCACCACUGCGACCGCCGGCCCAUACAUGUUCUCUGUGCUACUGGACACCAUCAGCUCACCCCACUGAUGUCACUUGGGCAUGAUUUGUCUCUCCUGGCUGGCAACACUGCUGGAAUGGCUACUGGUGGUGGUAGUAACAGGAGCUCCCUCAGCUCGGAAGGAUUUUGUGAAAAUGAAGAUUCUGCUGGAGAUUUCCUGCUUUCAUCGGUAGCACCUCGUCUUGUGCUGUCCGGUGCUCGAGACCCAUCAUCCGCAACCUGCAGCAGCAGCGCAAGUAUGCCUAAGGAUAACGCAGCACUGACUUCUGGAAUCAGCGAUCCUGAUGGUGUGUCUGCUUUGGGAGAAAAGUCUUCUUCACCCGAGGAUGCAGACUCUGAUUGGUCUGGCACCAGGGAAGGCAUUCAACAAGGCCCAGACGGGAACUGUAACAUGGAUGUUAAAGGGGACGAUAGAGUGACGGCUGGGGAGGAGUACCAUGUCUACUACUUCAGCUCUCAAGGAAAGGGUCCCGGUGGUGACAGAAACAGGGAUCUCAGGGUUCAAGCUGAAGAUUGUGUGCCUGUGCAAAUCAAGAAAAUUGAGGAUCCAUUCGAGAUCCUGUUUGCCCGUGCAGAAGCACUGCAUGCUCAUGGUCACACUCAGGAGGCCAGCAAACUGGCAGUGCGCCUGGCACAUGAGCUUCUGGCUCAUCCACCAAGUUUGGAAGUGGAAGGUUUGAUCGCAUCAGCUCAGCCUGGGAAGACAACCGGCAACCGCCGUGGCCGUCGUUUCAACCCGGUCUGGCACCAGGUGAGCCUUUUGGCAUCGGCAACUUUGGCCAAGGCUGCUUUCCUAUGCCAAGUGCUGGGUGAAAACCAAGAACAUCAUCACUUGGCCUUUCGCAUUGGACUGUUUGGGCUGGAGAUGUCUCGGCCACCAGCUUCAACAAAGGCUCUUGAAGUCAAGUUGGCCAACCAAGAGCAAGAUCUCGUUAGCCUGUUGAAGAAGAUACCAUUGGGGGAUGCAGAGUUGAAUGACAUCAGAGAGAAGGCGGAAGCACUACGCGAUCAUAGGCUGCAGUCUCGGGGUGACGCAUUGCUUCCACUGAUGCUUUCAAGCUACAUCUUCGAUGCCCUGGUGCUUUCCAAGAACAACACUAAAGGUGCACCAAAUCCAGGCACUAAGCUGUCAUCAGAUGAAGCUUUAGGUUUUGAAGCAGCUGUAGCUGCUUUAGGAUUAAAGGCAAAUGUAUCAGAAGCUGAGCAUCCAUUAUUGUGCGAAGGAACAAGACGGCAGAGGGGUGACCUCAGCAUUACUUUGCUGGUGUUCUAUAAAGAUGAUCAAGAAAAACUUGCCAAGAUUAUGGAUCGCUUGCUGGACAAAGAGGUCCACCAAAUGUAUAAAAGCCCGCCACUUAGUUCUUACUACAGCACCUCUACUACCCCUGUGGCAGCGGCGCUAAAUGCAUCAAUUCCUGCAUCUGAGAGCACAUCUGGCAGCCCUUCCUGCACGCCACAGACAAAGGCGGAUGACUUGGCACCAUCUACUUCUUCACCAUCUACAAGCAGUGCUGCAGAACGUAGCACAGACUCCACCAGCUGUGUUAGUGCAACCAACUGCCUUGGUGAUGCCACUGCAGUUGUGGCAGCAUCAGGAGCCACGGUAGCUGCAACAGCUGAAUCUGGAAGUCCACCUCCUUUGGCUUCUGGAGGGAUGCGCCAGGAACCCUCUGGGGGAGCAAGGGUCAAAUCUCAUCGGCACAACAGAAGUGCUGGUGACAGUGGUGAUCGUAGCGAGGGGGCUUCAAGUCCUGGCUGGGAGGAGAACUACAAGGUUUGGGAAGCGAAAUUCCGGUGUACCAACUUUCGCACAACAAAGAAGCAUUCAGCAGGCAUGGCCAGCAUUGACAGCAGUGCUCCUGAAACAACAUCAAGUGACAACUCUCCUACAGUGGUGCGGCGUGGUGGCUGGGGUCGCCCGUGUGGACCUGGCAGUGACAGUGGCAGCAGUGGCGAGAGUAGCGACUCUGUUGUGUCCAGCUCCUCUGGGGACCGGGCCACUGGGGUCAAGGGUCGACACACGGACAGCUUGUGUGUGCUUCCAUCGGACAGCCCGCCACCAAACUUGCAUGCAUCAGUUGGGGCAGCACCUUCACGCUUCUUGGCAUCCGGAGGUGGGGCCCUUUCUGGGGCUGGUGGUGGGUCUCGGGCUCCGGCUGCUGUUGCUGCAGCCCCUCAGAAGCCCCCACCUCCGAGCCGCCUGAAGGGCAAGCGAGGUGCAUGCCCAAGCCUGCCCAACCAGCCGAGCGAGGCCUCGGCCCACUUCAUGUUUGAGCUAGCCAAGACUGUGCUGACCAAGGCCGGUGGCAACUCGAGCACGGCGGUUUUGUUCACCCAGCCCUCGGCCAGCCAGAACCACAGGGGCCCCCACCGAGCACUGCAUAUGUGCGCCUUCCAGAUUGGCCUCUACGCAUUGGGCUUGCACAAUGCAGUCUCCCCAAACUGGCUGUCGCGCACCUAUUCCUCUCAUGUUUCCUGGAUCACAGGGCAAGCCAUGGAAAUAGGCAGCAGUGCCCUCAUGUUUCUAAUGGACACAUGGGAGGGCCACCUGACACCCCCGGAAGUGGCGUCUUUGGCAGACAAGGCAUCGCGAGGCCGGGAUCCAGCCAUGGUGCGGGCCGCUGCACAGCUGGCCUUGUCCUGCUUACCGCAUGCACACGCUCUCAACCCUAAUGAAAUCCAGCGAGCCCUACUCCAGUGCAAGGAGCAGUCUGCUGCUGUGCUUGAGCAGGCAUGCUUGGCUGUGGAGUCUGCUGCCAAAGGAGGUGGCGUUUACCCAGAGGUUCUUUUCGACGUUGCUCGCCGAUGGUUUGAGCUGUAUGAGGAAACUACCCAAGGGACAGGAGAUGCUCCUGCCUCUGGAGGGGAUGCAGCACCUCGUGGGAACUCCCCUCCAGGCUUGGCUGCACCAUCUUUAGAAGGGAACGGCCUGCCUGAUGUUGCAGCAUCCUUUGUCAUGGAUAGCUUGAGUCCCGCUCCAGCACCACAGCUUCCCAUGGUUCCACCACUUCAGUACACGCUACCAUACCGGGCACCCCCUUACCCAUAUAUUGGUAGCCUUCCGGCUUUCCACCACCCUCACUUGCUGGUUACCCAGCACCCCGCCUACCUUCAGGCUCCACCGACAUACCAGUACCCUCCUUUGCCCAGCCACGCCCAGUUUUAUGCUGCUGCCAGUCGGCAUGGUGCUCCACCGCAGGCACCACCUCCUGCAUACACACAUCAAAUGAUUGGCGUGCACGUUACACCCAUGGCUCGAGCAGUGCUAUCAAUGGCCGCUCCGCCUCCUGCACCUCCACCGCCCCCAGCAGCUCCUCAACAAGGACAGGUGCACCAGCUAAAUCAGACGCAGCUGAACUAUCUCCUGUCAUCCUAUCGUGUUGGGCUUCUCGCCAUGGAGACGCUGGCUCGCAGGGUGCAUGAUGACAGGCCUCAAGCGAAGUAUGCACGAAACCCGCCUUAUGGAGAAGAUGUCAAGUGGCUUCUAGGAGUGGCCAAAAAACUAGGUACCUCCUAUUUGCAAGAGUUUUGCAUCUGUACAGUAAACAGCGUAGCCAGCCCUUUCAUCUUGUAUGAUAUUGUCACGGACACAGCUCAUCACUUAUCACGCUCUGGCUCGGCAUCACUGACUAUGCCAAUUCGAUCUCAUGUCCUCACACCACUCAUCCAGAAGUGCCAGCAAAUGUUCAUCGCCUGCACCCACACCAAGAUGUACCACAUCACCUCUGUUGAAUAUGAUGAAUUCAUCAACACCCUUCGUAGUGCUCGUGCAGCUUUUAUGCUGACUCCUGGCGGCAUGGUGCAGUUUACAGAAUUGCUGCACAGCCUUCGGCGCUCCAAGUCUUGCAAAAAAGAUCUCUGGCAACGCAUCAAUACCAUGGCGUCAUCAAGUGCUCCCAUCUGACGCCAUCAUGGCCUAUUAGGCACCCGCAAUUGAUGGCUCUAACUGAAACUCUUUUUUCUUAUCCGUGUUACUUUCUGCUUUCUGUUGUGGCUCUGUCUUUGUCGUCCGUGUUCCGCAUAUUUCAUAUAGAAACAGUGUGCACGACUGAGGGGUAAACUCUUCUCGAGUCUUUGCCUACACCAGCCUUGGAUAGUGCCGAUAAAUUUCAGUGAGAGUGGUACGAGAGUUGACCAUAUAUUUGGCCUGAGGGACCUUGUUGUUUGUGCGAAUGCAUCUGCAACUUGUAGCAAAUGUAACAUUGUUAAUUUAUUGCAUACUCCCACUGUGUUUGUGCAUGCAUGUGUUUGUGUGUGUGCGUGUGUGUGACUGGACACAUGUGUGUGUAUGUGAGCGAGAACUGUCAACAGGUCUGUCCAGUAGCAUUUGUCUGAAAAGUUCCAGCAGGUCGCAAAGAUUUGUCUUUGCUCUGGAUGUGUCACGUUUCUGUGUUUAUGAAAGACUUACUUGUGGCAAACAGUGGGAGCUGCAUGGCUGCUACUUUGGUUCUUGCAUAUAGCUGCAAAAAUGUGCUGUGGUGCUAGCUUGGAUUCAACCAUGGUUGGCACUGGCUUCAGAUGUAAGCCCAUCAUGAAAGCCAGUGUUAAGGCAUGCUGUUGAUCUAGUACACAUGUACUGACCAAUGUAGUAGCUGCUUUCAUUGCUCAGUCCUUAGCUGGUGCUCUGUAUUCGUUUUUGUUUUGUGUGUGUGACAUGAUUAUGCAUGGCAUAAUCAUGGUAUGAUGUGCUGAAGAACUAGGUUUCUUCAUAUUUUUAUUUUGUAGUUAAAACAGGUGGUUAAAGUAUCAGAAUUUAUGUUAUUGUUUACUAUUUUGCUCAAAGGAAAAAUUUUAUUUGUCAGUGUGUAACUGUAGCAUUUUUUUGUUUAUAUGAAACUUUUAAAAAAAUGAUUAAACUUCCCCAUAGUGCUUUUUUUAUGUUCUUUUUCAGCUAAAUCGCAACCCAGGACAGUGUUCUUGAGGCAGCUCCUAAUGAGUGGCAGCUUCUGUGGAGCGUAGCAAGAAAAUCGGAACUGAGAUGGGUGCAUGCCAAGUGUUUCUCGUGUUUGAAUGUAGAGUGGCAUCCACCAGUUAUGGUUGCGACACAUGUAUGUCUACAUGAAGCUUCUGUACAGGCUGUGCACAUCAUACUUCAGUGCUCAGCUCUGUCUGGAGCAAAGUUGCUGUGCUCCGUGUCGAGUUACUCGGCAUUGCCUUUUCACAAGUGUGGCCUACCAGUGUCGUGGCCACAGUGUUACUGAAGCAAGUUGCCUGCAACACUCACCUUUGAUGCAGUAGAUGUGUCUGAACAUGAGUGGCAUCGGGUGACUAAUCGCAAGUUUUUCAGGUGUUUUUCAUCAUGGUACAUCAGUGCUCAAGUCGUGAAAAAAAAUUUCCGGUGUCUGGUGGUGUUUGUUGUUCCCUCGUUUGUUGUUGUUCACUGUUGUGGUGAUGAUGGUGGUGUUUCAGUGCGUCCUAGUGACCAUCACCUUUUUUUCCUUUGUUUAAUCACAUUUAGUGUAUCAGUCUAUUGUCACUGUAGACAUAUGACCAUACUUUGCAUCCAUCUGAUAUGUAAGCUGUGUAGAAGGGCUUGCAGGUAUCAUGUUUCUGGGAGGCCCAUUGUAUUGUCAUCAAAAGAAAAAAAAUAACCUUGGGCUUCAUUAAAGACACAUGCUCCUGCUUUGCACUCUUUAUCCAAGCGGUUAGCAGUAGUGUCAAUCGUUAAUGCCCUUCCUUUGCAUGCAUUCUCAAGCUGUGGUUUGCAAAGUUCUUGGUUCAAAGUUUAUGGGCUGGAACAUCUCACAUGGGUGCCUGAAUUUAUGCGCGGGCAAAGCCCUUUUUCGCUUUAUUUGUGUGUAUAUGUGUGUACAAGGCUUUGCUUCAUACCAGGUAGUAUGAUAGCUGUUUUGACACUUGGCCGGAAUAAUGUAAUGAUUCCUUCUGCUUCAUUCUAUGCUUUCUUCAUCGACCAUUUAUGACUGGCUAAUCGUAGUGUCUUAGUAAUAUUAUAGACAUAAAGCACUCCUAAGACGCAAGAAGUCCGAGAAGGAAACGAAUUGGAACAGAAUUGUUACAUUAUCCCGGCCUUGCUAUAUAGAAGGUUUCACUUUCCUAUGUCUGCUGUCAAAUCACUCAUGACUCAAGCAGAAGGUCUCACAUAGUUAAUGUGAUUUUUUUCUUGUUUUUGUGCAAAAAUUUUAGUGUUCUGUUCUUCACAAAAGUAAUGUAGGAAGCAUUUCAAAGUCAUGUAAGGAAUUUUUCAUUAUUCACUAUCAAAUUGACAGUGGUGAAGAAGUUCGAGAAGGAAACGAAUUGGAACAGAAUUGUUACAUUAUCCCGGCCUUGCUAUAUAGAAGGUUUCACUUUCUUAUGUCUGCUGUCAAAUCACUCAUGACUCAAGCAGAAGGUCUCACAUAGUUAAUGUAAUUUUUUUCUUGUUUUUGUGUAAAAAUUUUAGUGUUCUGUUCUUCACAAAAGUAAUGUAAGAAGCAUUUCAAAGUCAUGUAAGGAAUUUUUCAUUAUUCACUAUCAAAUUGACAGUGGUGACUGUUUUACAAAUUCUGUUGGCGCUUUUAUGUUCACCAGAAGAGUUUUAACCCGUCCAUGAAGGAAACCUCCCGUCAUCCACAACACAAGCUUCACAUUUCACGCUGCAACAGUUCAGAAGGGAAGACAUUCAGAUGCAUACCAUGAUGCUAGAACAUUCAUUACUGCAGACAGUUGCAAAUUCUGUAUCUGUUUGUGCAAUUUUGUGAUAUUAUUUAUAAACCCUAUGUUCAGUUCUGCUGCUUACCCAUUUUUGCUACCAUUACAGAACAAGUUAGUGUAAACUUUAACAAUCUCGUGACUGUCACUGUCCUAGCAUUUCAUCCUAGAAUAAAUUUUUCUAUGUUACAUGUGA